AUGGAUCAUUACCUAGUUCGCUUCAGCCAUUCGCACGAGACCUUUCGGCUCCCCGAGCUGCAGGCGUUGGCAACCCUCGAGGGGCUUGAUCUUGAGGUUGUUAAAUACAACCCGGAGUCUCCAUUCUGCGUCAUACGCGUUGCUAACGAUGCAGCGGCCGGGGCUGCUCUUGUCCGGCGCUCCCUGAUCGUUCAGUCUGUGCAUUCCCUCUGGGGGAUGGCGGAUACCCUACCAGACUUACAUGCAGAUGUGGCUCAGCGCGCUGCUUCUCUGUGGCCACCAUUUAUCGCCUCCUCCUUCAAGAUGGAGAUCGACUCGUUCCAGGGCAGACGCACAGCUGCUGCUCGUCUAAGUAUCAUCGAUAGCUUUGGCAAAACGCUUCCUCUUGAAGGGCCUAUCGACCUGCAUGAACCCGACUGCCUGCUGACUGUUUUUGAGCGCUGGGUUCACGACGCCAUGCAAAAGCAGUUGACCGAGCCUGAGGAGUACUAUCUGGGCCGUUAUAUUGCUCGCUCCUCCCGCGAUGCCAUUCGUACAUUCGAUCUGAAAAAGCGUCGCUACAUUGCAACUACUAGCAUGGAUGCCGAAUUGUCGCUCCUGACUGCCAAUCUGGCCUUGGCUGCACCGGGAAAGCUUUUCUACGAUCCAUUCGUCGGUACCGGUAGCUUUCCGCUGGCUGCCGCGUACUGGGGUGCCGUUACAUGGGGCAGUGACAUCGAUGGCCGCGCUGUGCGCGGCUCGGCUGCAGGUAUCAAUGGGGCCGGCGGCCUGGGAGGCUCCCGUGAGGGCCGCAAUGAUGUUCGCGGCAACUUUGAGCAGUAUGGUUUACUGUCUGGCUUUGGCGACUUGCUCAUUGCCGACUUAACAAAUACGCCUCUUCGUCGAAGUGGCGGCAGCAGUCGCUGGAUUGAUGGGAUAGUGUGCGACCCGCCGUAUGGCGUACGCGAGGGCCCACGCGUGCUUGGCUGCCGAAACCCGACCAAAACGCCUUGGGUAGUGGAAACUGGGCGUCUGCGAUAUAGAGAGCCAACCUUUCUGGUACCGAAACAGCCAUACGGCUUCAUGGCGCUGCUCCAUGACCUGUUGCAAUUUUCUGCCGAUACUCUUGUCGAUAACGGCAGGCUGAGCUUCUGGAUGCCAACGGCCAAUGAUGAAGUGCAGGAGCUACCUGUGCCUACGCAUCCAUGCCUGGCUGUAGUGUCUGUCUAUGCGGAGUUGGGUACAGAUGUGCUGGCCACAACGUCAGCAUCAGUCGAAUCGUCAAAGUCCAUAGGACUGACGGCUAACCAACUCAAUCCGUUCCGGCGGGGCUACUUCAAUACGAAGCCGGAAGAGUAG